AUGGACUCUGUUGGCGACCAAUUUAAAGCUUUUGCUAAAUCCGGCCAGCACUUUCUUGACGCCAUUUUCCGUCGCCGCAAUCCGAUUGAAAUCCUUAAACGUUUACAAAGAGAAGCUUUCUCAGAUCUAAUGAAGCUCAGAGACCGACAAGAAAAGGUCGAGAGGAUGCUUUCCUUCUAUAAAUCAUCCAAAGGAGGUCCUUUUCAGGAAACCAUCACCCACGUAAGGGGACAGAUGGAUUUCAUGGGGGCUUUAUUGAUCAUGGGUGACUUUAAUCAGCCAAACUUAGAUAUCAUAAACAGGUCUGGAAUAAAAACAGGCAUUGAUUCAAGGAUUGCUUUCGAAACCAGUAUCGGUAAGGAGAGUGCUCUUGCUGCAGAGUUUGUGGCCACUCCAAAAGGAAAGGAACAUCCUAGUUUUGAUGUCCUUGAAAUGCCACUUUCUUUAGCAAAACUCAGUUAUACAGUAAAUGUCAAUGAUUGGUUAUCUCUGAUGGCUGUUCCAGUUGGAGCCCAAUGUAGAGAUGUUGCAGUUGGUUCAAAUUCUUUUGAUCAGCCAGGAAAAGGCCUCACAGAUUUUUCCUCUUUUGGACCGCCCCUUCUGAAUCUACUUAACGGUAGUGCUAUCGGCGUAGCUGUGAGAAAGUCAUGUUUUAUUGCUUCAUUGGCUCAAUUUGUAGCUGGACUGGGAAUGCCUUCUGGUUCAAAUACAAUGGAGAAUAGAUACAGCACAUUCGGACAACUUGUGUGUCAAUUUCGAAGAGGAACAAAGCUAUCUGUUCUUGGUGUUCACCAACUGCCUUUGUUAUCAAAGCAGCUUAGAAAAUUCGGAGCUUUUACAAUUCCAAUAGUCUUGUCUGAUCAACAUGAAAUGUCUGAGACAGAACCUGAAACAUCACCAUUCAUAGGAGCAAGGACACAGGUCGCAGCUGGUUCUACUGCUAUAGUGUUGGAGUCUGAACUCGAUGGCUUUACAAAACUUGGAGGUUGGGUUGAGAUGAACACAGUAAAUCCAAAAUCUGUACAAUGGGCUGUAACCAUGUCUGAUGUUUCUGAAGAUUCAUUUGGUUGGGGAAUGAGUCUUGGCGGGAUAGUUGGAGAUUCAGCGACUGCAGAUCAUUUUCAGGCUGAAUCCUAUGUAAAAUUUAACAUGGGUGAUAAAUUUUGCUUGAAGCCAGGUCUUGCAUACGCAACGGAUGGAAAUUCCAAAAUAGCCGCGUUAAUGCUUCGGUCUAAUUGGUCCUUGUGAUGAUUUUCUUCUGCUGAUUUAUAUUAUUAGCCUGUUUGAUUUUCUUUUGGAAAGCCUCAAACCAAGAUUUUGGGGUUCUGAAGAGGAAUCCAAACAUGCACUGUGUACUUCUUAGUUUGUUCAGAUUCUAAUUACUUGCCUCAAGGUAUAUAUACAACUAAUCAUUUUUUUGUCAUUAGAACUGCUUGAUCCAAUACAUAUUUGGUUUUCAUUUUUUGUU